AUGUGGAAGAUGUCCUUCAAGAAGGAAACUCCACUUGCCAACGCCGCAUUCUGGGCAGCAAGAAGAGGCAACCUGGCUCUGCUCAGGCUGUUGUUGAACAGCGGUCGGGUGGAUGUGGACUGCAGGGACAGUCAUGGCACCACGCUCCUCAUGGUCGCCUCCUAUGCCGGUCACAUAGACUGUGUGAGGGAACUGGUUCUGCAAGGAGCAGACAUCAAUCUCCAGAGAGAGUCAGGUACAACUGCCCUGUUCUUUGCUGCCCAGCAAGGACAUAAUGACGUCGUGAGAUUUCUCUUUGAAUUUGGAGCAUCCAGUGAAUUUAGGACCAAAGAUGGGGGCACGGCCCUGUUGGCUGCCAGUCAGUACGGGCACAUGCAGGUGGUGGAGACGUUGCUGAAGCAUGGAGCCAACAUCCACGACCAACUCUACGAUGGAGCCACUUCUCUCUUCCUCGCUGCCCAAGGUGGCUACUUGGAUGUGAUUCGAUUAUUGUUGUCUUCAGGAGCAAAAGUCAACCAGCCAAGGCAGGACGGGACGGCGCCGCUGUGGAUCGCGUCGCAGAUGGGCCACAGCGAGGUGGUGAGGGUGAUGCUGCUGCGCGGAGCCGACCGGGACGCCGCCCGCAACGAUGGUACAACAGCAUUACUCAAAGCAGCCAACAAAGGCUAUAACGAUGUUAUAGAAGAGUUGCUGAAAUUCUCACCCACCCUUGGUAUUUUGAAGAAUGGGACAUCAGCCCUCCACGCGGCAGUACUCAGUGGGAAUACUAAAACAGUCGCGCUGCUCCUGGAAGCAGGGGCGGACCCAGCCCUGAGAAACAAGGCCAAUGAACUUCCGGCAGAACUAACCAAAAAUGAACGUAUACUGCGUCUCCUCCGAAGUAAAGAAGGACACAGGAAGAGCUAA